CAGGGCUGCUUUUUGUAUACACCGUCUGUACAGUGAACCUGAUUCGUGACAAGCCAAAUCGUUCCUACACCCAGACAUGAAUAAGCAGUGUUUAAGACUGUGGCCUUCCGUCUUGAGGAUCAGGGAUUGUAAACCAUUUCUCCCAUCCACAACGACUCUUUCCCAGUGGCAGCGACCCGUAUCCAAUGUCCCAGCUCGGACAUACUCAACCAACAUGAAGGUUCGUUCAUAUCUACAGUAUGUCAAACGGAAAAUAAAAUCAGCCCCAACGCCUCCCUACAGUCACGUGUGUCAGGUUGGAGACCCCGUGUUGCGCUCACAGGCAGCUGUUGUGGAACCUGAAACCAUACAGGGACCCGAGGUGCAGAAAGUAAUAAAGACCUUGGUAGCGGUGAUGCGAAAAUUGGAGUGUGUUGGUUUGAGCGCACCUCAAAUUGGCGUACCUCUUCGUAUAUUAGCUUUGGAAUACCCGAAGAAAAUGCUUGAGGAAAGCUCGCCAGCUUCCACUGAAGCCCGGGGUAUCGUCACCGUACCCCUCCGCAUCUUUGUUAACCCUCAGCUUCGUAUAUUGGACUCGCGCACUGUCACUUUCCAGGAAGCAUGCGAAAGCAUCUCGGGUUACUCCGCCUCUGUGCCUCGCUACGUCUCCGUGGAAGUCACAGGAUUGAAUGAGAAGGGGGAGUCUGUGUCCUGGCAGGUCAGUGGUUGGCCAGCGAGGAUCUUACAGCAUGAAAUGGACCACCUCAAUGGAGUUCUGUACAUCGAUCGCAUGGACAGCAAGACUUUUAUAAAUGUGAACUGGGAGGAAUACAAUGAGUAGCUGCUUAGUGUGAUAUACUGCUACAUACAGUGCAAGUGAAUAAGGAUCAGCGAUGGGAGAUCAACGCAAUUGAUCUUGCUAUUCAGCAGCUGUCUUGUUGAGGAGUAAUUAACUGCUCAACACUCAACAGCUGAUUAACUCUAAAGACAUCUCUUUGCUGGGUGUCUCUCUUUGUCAUGUGGUAAGGUUGGAAGAGACACAAAUGGCUCUGCGGACAUUGUGAAACUGGAUGCAUUUGUGGGUGAUUGUCUCCUGCUAAAAUGUUAAUAUUGGCAAUAUAAAUAACAUUACAUGGAUUGUGAUGGACAUUGUACGGAUCUAGAGAGAAAUGC